GGGGGUGUGGCGAGCUUGGCACGGGAGCGAAUGCCUUCGCGGACAGCAGAAGGACAGUAGCGAGCGCGGGAGUUCCCCUUCCCGGGUCGGUGGCACCCGCUGUGUCUUACGGAACACAGAGAAAGGGUGGCCGGGGAGGCACGAGCGUCGAGGGGGAGCGGUUGGUCAACGCACUCACCUUCGGGUCAUUGGGAAGUGGUACCAACAAGGUGUAUCGAAGGAUGUGGAACACGUGGAAGGAGGCUCGAGCAGGGGCGGGUUCGGGCCCGUGGCUCCGCGACAGCGAUGGGGUGGAAAGUGCGCCUCAGAAAUCUGGGCGGACGACUCGGGGCUCGUGCACUCGGAUUUUUGUCUGACAAGAGGAGACCUGGGUUUCUUUUGCGGUCCGGUAAGGGUUGCAUGGGCAGACCGGAGGCAGGCCAGCCGAGUGGAAGUCACGUUCAGAGCGUCAAGAGGAGAUCGAAAACGUUUGGGAGCAGCCGUCACUAGAUCGGAAGAAGCGUUGAAGGUGUUACUCGAUCUGUUAGAUCUGCACCCCGAGCUCGGGAGUCAUGCGCCGUUGAUGCAAUCGUGGGCACAAGACAGGUGGAAGGUGAUUUCGAGGCCAGAGGCAUCGAGACACCUCAGGUUACUCGUGAGUGCGGCGGGUAGAGACCCACAGAAGUAUGCGUUGCAUUCAGGAAGGGUCGGGGGGGCCACGCAUCUAGCAAGUAUGGGGGCGUCGGUGAUUCAGAUCCAGAGAGCCGGGAGGUGGAAAUCAUCGGCUUUUAUGGUGUAUGUUAGGGCGGGGGGUGAAGGAGCAAAGUUUGUGUCUCAGGCCCUUACGGAACCCGAGGAGUGACCUGGGAGCGGUUCGGAGGAGUAGGUCAUCGGACAUGCCUAAUGGAGUAAGAUAUGUUUAGGCCAGAGGCCGAAACAAUAG